UGAUAUAUUUUCUUUCACAACCCUUGGUGGUCCAUACUCCAUACCUUCUCUUUUUCCCAUUCAUACUUGGGCACAGAAACUUUGCCUUUCCCGAUUCACAACUUGGGUUGCUUUCUUUCAUCCCUUCUCCCCUUACUAAUUCAAGGAUUCCUUCAGCCCCAUACAUGUUAUAUAUAUGCACUCCCACAUGCCAUAUGGACUUGCUGAGUGACCCCUCUAGUGCUCCACUAGGCCCUGCAACUUUCUUACCACCCUAACCAGUUUGUUUCCCCUGUUUGCUGCCAUCCUUCUUUCUCCAUACUCCCAAAAAUGGAGAUUCAAUCUCGGUCACCUCAGGCGAUGUCGCUGCUGCGCCACAAGACCGAUAAGAGGUCGAGAACAAGCCGGUUCUUCGGCUUGUUCAGCUUCAAGUUGUUGCCCAAGCUAACCACUGGGUGCAAGAUGGUCUUCAUGCUUGGCCGGCCUCGAAGUGCUCUGUUUACUGGCAAAUUCGCCACCGGAACCCUGUUCGGCUAUAGGAGAGGUAAGGUGUGCUUGGCCCUGCAGGAGGAUCCCACAUGUUUCCCUAUGUUCAUGUUAGAGCUGCCCAUGUCUACCAGUGCAUUGCUUAAGGAAAUGGCUUCAGGCCUAGUGAGAAUUGCUCUGGAGUGCGAGACUAGGACUCACAAGAAGAGGCUGCUGGAGGAGAUGGUGUGGGCAGUGUACUGCAACGGGCGGAAGACAGGCUACUCGAUCAAGAAGAAGCAGAUCUCGGAGGAGGAAGAGACUGUUAUGCAGAUGUUGCGCGGGGUGUCAAUGGGUGCCGGAGUUUUGCCGUGCCAGCAGCAGGAGAAGGAGACCGCCGACGAUGAACUUACGUACCUGAGAUCACGAUUCGAGAGGGUGAUCGGGUCCAAGGACUCGGAAGCCUUUUACAUGAUGAAUCCUGAUGGGAACUGCGGUCAGGAGUUGAGCAUCUUCUUCGUUAGGAUGUGAAAUUAAGAAAGAUAUACUAUUCCUUGAUGCUUAACCAGUCCUUGAUUUGUGUGUACAUAUGUGAAUUGCUCUUCCUUUGAUUGAAUCAUAACCAAAUGCUUUUGACAUUCAAUGAAAUUCUUGCUUUCAGUAUUGCUAUUA